CUAGGAUCAGCGGCCAGUCACAGGCCAAGGUAGUGUUGGUUCUUUUUUAGAUUAGAUUUUUUUCCCUUGUACCUUUUCUCAUUUCAAACUCACUAUUAUUAUUAUCACGGGCCUGCACACGCUUUCCUGCUAAGCCGCAAACAGAAAGAGCACUAAUGCAUGGCCGAUAGAUCAUCUAACAGGCGUAUUAUAUAGAAGGGACUGGUCCCUGACAUCUAUCGGUCUAGAUCUGACACUUUCCUGUUCUCCUGAAUCAGCGCGUCUCUUACAUGCAUUCCCAUGUGCCUCAAUAAUGCAACCCCGCGUCCUGACUGCGGCUUUUCGCGGGACAUUCUCCUUUGCGGAUCGCAUCUCCGAGUACUGGAAAUCAUGGCCCAAGAAGAGACAAAAGCACGCUUUGGUGGUCAUCGUGACAGUGUUUAUGUUUUGUCUUGGGCUGAAACUAGGAUCUGACCUGUUCUAUGCCCAUUAUUGGGAUCGGGCGACAAUAUCCAGCUUCCCGAAUACGCCCUACGUUGAUUAUUGGGAGUGGGAGACAACGUCCCGCUUCUCGAAUGCGCACGGCACCAAUGAAACCCAAGAGAACAGUGGUGGCGAUGACCUUUGCGACUCCUUCCCAUCAUACCACCUCUCGCGCGUUCAAGUUGUUCUCAAAAUCGGCAGUACAGAGCCUCCUAAUCGUGUUGAUACCCAUCUGGCCACUGUUACCCGCUGCAUAACUAACCUCAUUGUCGUCUCCGACCACGAGUCGGAAAUCAACGGUCAUCACGUGCACGAUAUUCUCGCAACUCUGCCAGAGAGUUUCUGGGGGAAUAGUCCCGACUUUCAGGCGUACAGCGCGCUCCAACGCGGCGAAGUCGAGACGGUCGGUGGUUCUCAGGGCUGGACACUCGACAAAUACAAGUUCCUGCCCAUGGUCGAACGCGCUUAUGAAAUGAAUCCCACUGCUCAGUGGUUUGUUUUUAUCGAAUCUGAUACAUACGUCGUGUGGGACAAUGUGUUUCGUCUUCUUGACCAGUUCGACCCGUCUGUUCCAUUAUACUUUGGCUCCCCGUCUCCGGGAAAGGACGGAUCUUUCUUCGGCUAUGGGGGUGCUGGGUUUGUGCUGUCAACUGCCGCGGUCCAAAGGCUGGUGGCUCGUAUGGCGGAAAGCAAUGGCGUGUACAGUCAGCCUUCGUUGAGUCAGCGCUAUAAGGGGCUGAUCGAUAAGGAUUGCUGCGGUGAUUCAAUACUUGGAUGGGCACUCUACCAAAGUGGAGUGAAGCUCUCUGGGAUGUGGCCGAUGUUCAAUCCACAUCCUGUGCAUGGGGUUCCAUUUAAUGAAAACCAUUGGUGUCAGCCGGUGAUCAGCAUGCAUAAAUUAUCCUUGGAAGAUAUGGCAGGGCUGGCGCGGUGGGAGAAUCAACGGGACCGAAAGCUUCCAUUGCUAUACGCCGACCUGUUCGAGUACACAAAAUUGGGCGCCAUUGACUACAAAACGGACUGGGACAAUGGCGACUGGGGCGGAUGGCAAGAACCGCCCGAAUCACCCGGCCAUAAGUCUGUUGAAGCUUGUGCGGAAGCAUGCCAUGAGCAUCCCCAGUGUUUCUCAUAUACCUAUGUCCAUUCUGGCCGCUGUGUUUUUGUUCCAUCCAUGCGACUAGGCGCGCAAAAACCCGCCACAGAAGACACGACCCUAUCAGCCGGGUGGGACCUGAAGAAAAUCAAGCAGUUCCGGGAUACCCACAAAUGUCAGCGACCUCAGUGGGUGAAGCCAAGUACGGACCGCAUCUUUUGACGAAUAUAUAUGACUACCUACCCUUGCUGCUACAGACCCUUCCCAUGUCGGCGAUCUCAUCAUAUUUUCCGAACAUCGGCGGACCUCGAUCUAUGAACCUGAUGACUACCCCUGAUGAACAACGUUAUUUGGCAACGAUCACGGACAUAAAUUUGUCUCAAUGCUAAACAGAUGGUCGGAGAAAUGGCUGCGAUAUAGGAAGAAUGCCCAAGGCACACAUCUAUUUUAUGUAUAUUAGAAGGAGCUGAUGCAUUCCAUGACGCAGCGCUUGCUCAGUCCUAGUUUAAAAUUUCCAAAAAAAUAAAAUAAAAUAAAAUAAAAU